CUCUGCAAUAUUCCUUUCUCUUAAUUUAGUGAUCAUGGACCUUAUUCAUAAGUUCCUCAACAUAUUAGCUCCACCAUUCACCUUCUUUUCCUUACUCCUUUUCUUACCACCCUAUUGGACUUUCAAGUUCUUCCUUUCUACUAUAUACACAUUUUUCACUGAAAAUGUUGCUGGUAAAGUUGUUCACAUUACUGGUGCUUCCUCUGGCAUUGGAGAGCAUUUGGCUUAUGAGUAUGCUAAGAGAGGUGCUAGAUUAGCACUUUCUGCUAGAAGAGAGACUGCAUUGCGUGAAGUUGCUGAUAGAGCUCGUGGUUAUGGUUCUCCUGAUGUUAUUAUAAUGCGUGCUGAUGUUUCUAAAGUUGAUGAUUGUAGACGAUUGAUUGAUGAAACCCUUAAUCAUAUUAAUUAUUUGGAUCAUUUGGUAAACAAUGCUGCAAUCGGUGCUGCCGUGAUGUUUGAAGAAGUAACUGAUAUCACCAAUUUGAGACCUGUCAUGGACACAAACUUUUGGGGAUCAGUUUACACAACACGUUUUGCUUUACCACACCUCAAAAACAGCAGAGGCAAAAUUGUAGUCCUUUCAUCUGCUGAUUCUUGGAUGCCUGCAGCUAGAACGGGUAUCUAUAAUGCAAGUAAAGCAGCAUUAGUAAGUCUUUAUGAAACAUUGAGGGUUGAAGUUGGAUCAAACAUAGGCAUAACAAUUGUUACACCUGGUUACAUAGAAUCUGAAUUGACCAAAGGCAAAUUCUUAUUAGGACCAGAUGCCAAAAUGGGUGUGGACCAAGAUAUGAGAGAUGUUGAAGUGAGUGCAAUGCCAGUGGGAUCAGUGAGUGGAUGUGCAAAAUCAAUAGUGAAUGCAACAUUGAGAGGAGAUAGGUACUUAACUGUACCAGCUUGGUUUAGAAUGACAUAUAUUGUGAAAGUGCUGUGUCCAGAAUUGGUGGAAUGGAGUUUCAGAAUGUUGUAUUUGAGUGGAUCAAAGAAUAAUACUCCAGCUAGAGAAGCACCUAGUAAAAAGAUUUUGGAUGCUACUGGGAUCAAGAACUUGUUUUAUCCAUCUUCAAUUCAAUCUCCUCAAGUUAAGACUGAAUGA